AGGCACAGAUGACGAUGAUGACGAUGACGAUGACGAGGACACCCCCAAGAAGAAAACCAAGAAAAAGACAGCGAAGGACAGCUCUCCAUCUUCAAGUUCUGCCAAAGAGAAGAAAUCUAAAUCUAAAGACGACAAAGAUUCUGAUGGAAAAGAAAAGAAGUCCAAGUCGAAGGAGAAGGAUAAGAAGAAGGAGCCAGCUUCAAUGUUCCAAAUAAAUGGAGAAAAGGACUCAAAAAGCAAGAAGAAAGCAGCUGCCAAAUCAGACAGCGACGACAGCGAAGAGGAGACAAAAACGACCAAGUCGAAGAAGAAAUCCACAGCUGGCGCUGCGUCCAUGUUCCAAGCAUCUGGAGACAAAGACAAAGACAAAGACAAAGACAAGAAGACAAAGAAGAAAGGCAAUCUGUUGUGUGUUUCAGGAAAGGCAGAAGAGAGUGCCGAUUCUGAGUCUGAAAAAGAAGAAAAAUCAAAGAAGAAAAAGGGCAAAGGGAAGAAGAAAAAGGAGAGAUCUCCAUCACCUGAGAUUGAGUUUGACAACUUGGAGAAGUUUGUGAUGGAGCCAGCUCCACAGGGCGUGACCGUCAAAUGCAGAGUGACUCGAGACCAGAGAGGGAUGGAUAAGAGCCUCUAUCCUCUGUAUUACCUUCAUCUAGACAAUGAAAAAAAGACAUUCCUGUUGGCUGGGAGGAAAAGAAAGAAAAGCACAACUUCAAAUUACCUCAUCUCCAUUGAUGCCACAGAUUUAUCAAGAGGUGGAGAGAAUUUUGUUGGAAAGCUCAGGUCAAAUUUAAUGGGGACUAAGUUCACAGUAUUUGACAAUGCUCUGAAUCCAGAAAGAGCGCUUCCAGACAUGUCCAACGCACGACAGGAGUUAGCAGGCAUCAUCUAUGAAACAAAUGUUUUAGGAAUAAAAGGGCCCAGACGGAUGACAAUCAUUAUUCCAGGAAUGAACAAGGACAACGAGCGGGUACCGCUCCGACCAAGAAAUGAAUGUGACGGCUUGUUGAUAAGACACCAAAAUAGAAGGAUGGAAAAUCUGAUCGAGCUUCACAACAAGACGCCAGUGUGGAACGAAGAAACAGCGUCUCAUGUGCUCAACUUCAACGGCAGGGUCACUCAGGCCUCCAUCAAGAACUUCCAGAUAGUCCAUAACAAAGACUUGGACUACAUUGUGAUGCAGUUCGGACGGAUAGCUGACGACAUUUUCACACUGGACUACAACUACCCGCUGUGUGCCGUGCAGGCCUUUGCCAUCGCGCUCUCCAGCUUCGAUGGCAAAAUUGCCUGUGAGUAACAGAAAGAUCCCAAGUAACCUGUCGCACACCAAAACCAGUAUGCCACACGCUCACAUCAGACCAACCCAUAUCUUUGGACUCGCCUUCCUGCGAUAGGCAUCGAUAACGAAUGAUGGUUCAUUGAAUGUGGCAGUGCCUGCCUGCCUGCUGUGAUGUCGCCUUUAUGGGUGUGUAAUUCCCUCCAGGAGUGAGAAACAUAAUCGGUCUCAUAUUAUCAUCUGAUCUUGCACGGAACGGCUCUGCAUUGUCCUGAUUUUUGUCUUGGUGAUUCAGUGGAAACAUCAGAAUUUCUGUGAAACAUAGAAAGACCCAUUUCAAAAGAACUCCAGUGAGCGGACAGUUGUGGCUUUUUUGAGGAGAUGAUGGUACACCUUGAUGAUGAAGGUGUUUAAGGAUUACUAACAUCAUUUGAAGAUGUUAAACUGUGUUCUGUUUUGGCUUUGCUGUGCUGUAUUGUAUCGCUGUAUUGGGCUGAAUUUAAAAUGUCAAUAGGUCAUUAAUAUCUUGUGUCAGAUGUAACUUUGAAACGCAAACACACAGAAAAAUUGAAAAAAAAAAAUCUAAUUUUAAUUUGAAGAGUUGCACCAAGUGACACUCUGGGGUGACAAGUUACACUGACAGCAUUAAAAGAAUAAAAUUAAUUUGAAGCUUAUUAAACAUCAUGACAGUGGGACACAACAGACUGUUCUUUGACAGUGACUUAGUGAAUCAGGUAUUUUCAAAGUAACAUAUGUAGAAGUUUAACAUAGGAAUGUCUGUAGUUCUUUGUAUCUAGUGUGUACAUGUGAUGACAAAAUAUUCAGUCAAAUUUAGUUCAUUACUCUGGAGACUUCUUUGUCCGUUCCUGAUUACUCAGUCUGAUUUGAGCUCCCGUAGUUUUUUAUAUUGAUGUUUUUGCUUUUGUUUUUUUGUUCCAGUAUUUUGUAAAAGUCAUUUAUUUUUCUGAACACUGCCUUUGUCGCAUUUCUAGGCUUAUUGUAAUAAUGUUAUUUAAUAAAGCAAGUGA